AUGGCUGGUCCUCGGAGGCAGAGACAGCAGCGGAUGGCGUCCGAGGAGAGCUACCACGAUGAGAUCCCUGUUCCUAUACCUGGUCAGGGCAGUAAUAAGCCAUCUGCAAUAUCAACACACUCUCUAGAGCGAUACUAUACCGCUACACCCCAGAAACAACGAUUUAGCUGGCUAUUCAUCGUCAUCAUGGGGCUUUCGACCAUCGUCACGGCCUCCCUCUUGGCCAUGCGCCUCUUCACCCUCCCAGCUUCGGCUGCUCCUCAGGCUAUUGAGGUUGAGGUUGAUGUCGCUGCUCCCGCGGCCUCUGUCUCUACUGCCGCACCGGCCUAUCCUGCACCUGCUUCGCCUGAGUCUGCCGCUCCCAAGGCUCCUGCUUACUCGGCUGCCGCUGCUGCUGGUUCAUGGUGGAUGUCCGACAUCAAGCGUCAAGGUGUCGUUGCCUAUGGCUCCGCCGACUACAAGAUCUUCCGCAACGUGAAGGACUACGGUGCCAAGGGUGAUGGUAGCUCUGACGACACUGAGGCCAUCAAUGCCGCCUUUUCUGACGGCAACCGUUGUGGUAAGGGCUGUGACUCUUCUACCACCACUCCCGCCAUUGUCUACUUCCCUCCUGGCACCUAUGUUGUCUCCAAGCCUAUUCUCCCCUAUUACUACACCCACAUGAUUGGUGAUGUCAACAACCUUCCUGUUCUCAAGCCAACUGCCAACUUUGAGGGCAUGGCUGUCAUUGACGUCGAUCCCUACAACUCGGAUGGCUCCAACUGGCACACCAACCAGAACAACUUCUUCCGACAGGUCCGCAACUUCAAGAUUGAUCUCACCGGCAUGCCCAAGAGCUCCGGUACUGGUAUCCACUGGCAAGUCGCCCAAGCUACCUCUCUUCAGAACAUCGUCUUCCAGAUGAUUGAGGACCCUAGCGACGACAACAAACAGCAAGGUAUCUUCAUCGACAACGGCUCCGGUGGCUUCAUGACCGACCUCACUUUCAUUGGUGGUCGAUAUGGUGGUUUCUUUGGUAGUCAACAGUUCACCAGCCGAAACAUGACUUUCCACAACUGCAACACUGCCGUCUACAUGAACUGGAACUGGCUGUGGACUCUCAACGGCCUUGACAUCUCUGGCGCCAAGGUCGGCAUUGACAUGACUGCUGGCGGCAACGUUCAGAACGUCGGCUCUAUUCUCCUUACCGACAGCAAGAUUGCCAACACUGCAGUUGGUGUCCUGACCAACUACAACCCCGCGCAGCCCGAUACCAACGGCACCCUUAUCAUCGACAACGUCGACAUGUCCUCUGCUGUCCCUGUCGCCGUCAAGGGUGGUGGAUCUAGUGCUACUAUCCUCGCUGGCAACGCCAAGAUUGCGUCCUGGGUCCAAGGUCGUGCCUACAGCGGCGGCAGUGGUAAAGCUAUCCAGGCCACUCAGACUCCCGUCACCAAGCCCAAGGCUCUUCUCGACUCCAAGGGUAAUGUCGUCACCAAGAGCAAGCCUCAGUACAACAGUGUCCCCUCGUCCAACUUCAUCUCCGUCAAGUCCAAAGGUGCCAAGGGUGAUGGCAAGACCGAUGAUACUGCGGCCAUUCAGGCUGUCUUCAACAGUGUCCAAGAUGGUCAGAUCGUUUACUUCGACCACGGCGCUUACGUCAUUACCGAUACUGUCAAGGUUCCCAAGAACAUCAAGAUUGUUGGCGAGGUUUGGCCUCUCAUCAUGGCUGGUGGCAACAAGAAUUUCAAGGAUCAAGCCAACCCCAAGCCCGUCUGGCAAGUCGGUCAAGCUGGUGAUGUCGGCAACGUCGAAAUCCAGGACCUCAUAUUUGAGACUCUCGGACCCCAGCCCGGUGCUAUCUUGAUGGAGUUCAACGUCGCUGGUUCUACUCCCGGCUCCGCUGGUCUCUUUGAUGUCCACUUCCGCGUUGGUGGCUCUGCCGGUACUCAGCUUCAGUCCGACAAGUGCAAGAAGAACCCCAAGGUCAAGGCCGAUCCCAACCCUGAGUGCCUCGGCGCCUUCAUGCUCUUCCAUAUGACCAAGCAGUCUAGCUGCUACCUUGAGAACACGUGGUUCUGGGUUGCUGACCACGAGCUCGACCUCGGAGAUCACUCUCAGAUCAACCUCUACAAUGGCCGCGGAGUUUUGAUUGAGAGCACCAAGGGUGCUUGGUUGUGGGGUACCGCUUCCGAGCACAGUGUUCUUUACAACUACCACCUUGAGGAUGCCUCUAACGUCUACAUGUCCCUCAUCCAGACCGAGACUGCUUACAUGCAGGGCAACCCUGACGCGACCGUACCUUUCACUGUGAACAAGAAGUACUUCGACCCUGACUUCAAGGCAACCUGCACCGGUACCUCUCAGCGAUGUGCUCGUACCUGGGGUCUCCGCGCUGUUAACUCCAAGGAUGUCUUCAUCUAUGGAGGAGGCCUCUACAGCUUCUUCGACAACUACGACCAAGUCUGUGUUGGCGAGAACAACUGCCAGGACAACAUGAUCGACAUUGAGAGCUCACAGGUGCACCUUUACGGCAUCAGCACCAAGGCCUCCGUCAACAUGGUCAACGUUGAUGGUAAGUCGGCGAUCCUUGACAAGGACAACCGCAACAACUUCUGCGCCGCCAUCGCGCUCUUCUCAUCUUAG